UGAUAGUCCCGUUCUUCUUGGCGGUCAUUAUGACACUGUCUGGGUCUUCUGCCUCUUGGAUUUUUAGUUUCCAGCCAUCACAGAUCCCCUCUGUCUUUACAUGAGGAUAGUGGGCACUUAUGGCAGCGUGCCAUGCUAGUGGUUGGUCUGUGAGUAAGAUCAGAUUGCUGACAUCUCCACUCUUGUAUGGAUCAGAAAAGACUGUCUCUGGUCUUUCUUUCAGGAGUUUCUGAAUUUUCUGUAAAUCCUUCAGUAGGUUACAUUCUCUCUCUGAUGAUCUCACUCACUGCAUCUUUAGCUAAAUUCCUCUUCUUAGCUCUCUCUCUCUCUCUCUCUCUCUCUCACACACACACACACACACACACACACACACACACACACACACGGGGGUAGUCAGUCCUGUUCUGGGUUGGACAUGCAGACCGUGUUCCGCUGUCGGUGGCACUCAGCUCGCCGGCAGAUGUGUUUCAUUCAUUCUUCAUCAGUCCACAGGUUCAUGGUGUGAGCAGCUGUUCGGAGUGUUUGGAUGUUCCUGAGCUGCUGGAGGCUCACGGACAGUCUGUUUUCUGUUUUAAGCGUCUGUGAGGCGGGCAGUUAUUUUCCAGUAAAGCUUUUAGGACUGUGGGGUCCGUGGGCGGGUGACUGAGUCUUGGCUCCAAAUACCUGAUCAUUCUCUGAGACUGCUUUAUUAGUUCAGAGGGAGCUGUUGAUUGUGCGCUGCCUCUGAGGAGACAUGUGGCGCAGACUCUCCCUGCUCCUCUUCUGCUGUGCUCUCACUGGACAUGAUGCUCUGGAGGCGGACAAAAGCGCGGACCCUUCUCGGGAGAAGAUGCAGUUGACCGGAGCAGGGGACCCGGUUAAGCCGGAUCAGGGUGUUCCCUCCGGCGGUCUGCGAGGAGGGGAGCGGCAGUCCACAGAGGCCCCUGUUGUAGGUGUGAAGGGGGGAGUCCAGCAGCCCACCGCCGGUCCUCUGGAGGAUGAAGUGGACAACCAGGAGAAUGUCAUCAGCCAGCUGCUAGGUGAUUACGACAAAGUAAAGACUGUGUCAUCUGGGUCUGACUGUGUGUGUCGCUGUAUUGUUCGACCCAUCAAACGUUCUGACUGCAGCCGUAUCCAUGACGGCAGCCUGGCAUCACCGCCUGAGCAAUUUUACACUGUGGAGACGGUUACCAAGGGAACAGACUGCAAGAAGUGUGUGUGCAUGGCUCCACCAUCAGCUGUCAACCCCUGUGAGGGAGAGUACAGGUUUAAAAAACUACAGGAGGCCAGCAAAGACGACAUUAAGCUGGCAACUAUCAUUGACCUGUUGGAGGGCUCUCUGUAUGGAAUGGACUUGUUAAAGCUUCACUCUGUCACCACCAAGCUGCUGACCAGGGUGGACAACAUGGAGAAGGCUUUUGCUCGUAAUUUUACUGAGAGAGCAAAAGAGAAAGAACGUGUGAAGGAAAGAGCAAAAGAAAAAGAGAAGAAGGCCCAGCAGAAAAAAAAGAAAGUGAAUGAUUUGGAGCGUGCAGGGCAGAAAAGUGGAGCAGCUGCCUAUGCCAACAAGCAGAAGAAUGAAGGUCAGCUGAAAAAGAACCAACAGCAAGACGGUCUGGAACAACUUCAACCAACCAGGAAUAAGACAGGAACACAAAAGCUAAUCAAAGACAAGACAGAGCCAAAGCAGCCAAUCAAAGACAAGAACAGCAUGGUCAUCAGGGGCGUGACCUUUUACAAGGCAGAGGAUGAGAGCUACAGAGAGGAGGAAGAAGAGCAGACAUGGAAGAGAAAAACUAGUCUAUCUGCAAGUGCUCCAGAUGACUUACUGAUCUUUGACCAGCUCCCAACUACCAGGACUUCCCCCACCAAGACUCCAAGACCUUCAACCAUAGGACAGGACCCAUCAAGGACACUGAGCAAACCUGCACCUACCCAGCCACCAACAGCUCCCCCAACUACUACCCAAACAACUACUACCAAACCAGCUCCCACAACCAUCAAACCAACGACUAAAAUAACCACUAACGUACCACCAACCACUCCAAAACCAACAACCACCAAACUGACAACGACUUCUCAAAAAACUACAUCUACUAUUCAGCCAACCACGCACCUCCAUCAGCAUACCACCUCAUCCUCAGAUACCAAUAUAGGUGUGCCUACCCGCCCACCCCCAACACAGUCUCAGCCAGGACCUAAAAGUCGACUCAGCUGGACAGAAAACCCUGCUGACCAACCAAAGACCACAAAAAAGCCUGCAAUGUGUAAGGACACAGUAGCCAGCAUCUCUGAACCAGUCCAGCAAAACUUGUAUGGCCUUAGUGAUGGAGCCUGGAUGAAAGAUGCUCGUGGCCAUGGAAAAGUCAUUUACCUUACCAAUGGGCACUAUGGCAGUGAACUCCAAGAAUUCAGGGACAUGGAAAACUUCAAAUCAGGUCAGGCGAGUAAUUCAUACAAGCUGCCCUACAGUUACACUGGAACAGGCCACGUCGUGUUUAACGGAGCUUUCUACUACAACCGUGCCUUCAGCAGGGACGUCAUCAGAUAUGACCUGAGACACAGAUAUGUAGCUGCCUGGACCACUCUACAUGACGCUUUACUGGAGGAGCAAGUUCACAGGACACAGACUGAGGUGGAGUUUGCUGUUGAUGAGUUUGGCCUAUGGGUGCUCUACCCCGCACUGGACACAGAGGGCUUCCAUCAGGAAGUAAUCCUGCUCAUCCACCUCCACCCCCGUGACCUGCAGCCAGUACGGACCUUCCGCACAGGCCUUCGGCGUGGUCGUUAUGGAAACAGCUUCCUGGUUUGUGGCGUGCUUUACGCAGUGGACAGUAUAGAGCGUCACUACGCUAAUGUGACAUACGCCUUCGACACACACACGCUCACACACACUGUGCCGAGCCUGGCAUUCACAAACAUGCACGCACACACCUCGCAGCUGGCUUACUGCCCACUAGACAAGAAACUGUACGCGUGGGACGAUGGACAUCAGAUGACGUAUGAUGUCGUCUUUGCCUAUUAGCACGAGGAAUGGAAGAAAUUAUGGUUAGACUGAUGGUCAGCAAA